UCUUUCAGAAGAAGAAUGAAAACGUCAUUUUUAAGAGACAAAAGUUGUCUGAGGACAUGACUUUUUGAAUGACUGCUGUUGGCUUUGUAAAUAACACGAAUUAUCGCCCCAUUUCCAUAAUGUUGGCUUUUAAACGCAUCUCUAGCAGCACAAUAAUCUCCGCUCUUCGCUACAACCGAAUGCAGAGAUGUCUGUCCACUCAGACAGACGGAGAGGUUCGCAUCGCAGAAGUCUUGAAGGAGAAGUUUCCUUUAGCAUCAAAGCUCAAAGUUGUGGAUAUAUCAGGUGGCUGCGGGGCCAUGUAUGAGAUCCAUGUAGAAUCCAGUGAGUUCAAAGGGAAAAGAACAGUGCAGCAGCACCAGCUAGUCAAUCAGGCACUCAAGGAUGAAAUUCAAGGCAUGCAUGGCCUGCGAAUAUUCACUGACAUCCCAAAACAGUAGAAAAACUGCCUCCUCUAUUUAUCUGCACCGUUUUCUUUGAUGUUUAUCUGAUGAGAUUGUAAAGCCUUAGACAGGCAGAAUGCCGUUUCCCUGCAGUUACAACAUAUUGAUAGUUAAAAAUGUAAAAUACAUGUAUAGUUAUCUUUUUUAAACAACAUAGUUAUAAUAAGACAUCUUCUAUUCUGAGAUAAUUUUAUUGGAUCAAGGCUGAUAUACGCACAAAAGUGACUUGUCCAAAGGUCAAUAUUAAGGCUUGAAGGAUUUGUUCCCAUUGGGAAUCCUAUGUUUAAUUGAAAUGAUGCUGGUGUUAAACUAGCAGUCAAAGCAGCAAAAGACACCAUCAUCAUGAGCAGCUACAGACAUAUUCUUUAAGCUAUCAUCCUGAGAAUGUGACCACAGUUUGUUUUAUUAUAAAAUAUACCAACAUGUGUGCACAAA